AUGGAAAAGAGAAUCAAAGAUCUGGAAGAAGAUAUUAGAGAGGAAAAAAAGAUAAUUAGAGACCAAACCGACUAUAAACUUCAGAAACAACAAAACUGGAGAAGAGAAAAACCAUACCAUCAGGCCCCAGCCCAUAACCACAGAAAUCAGAUGUAUCAUCAGAGAUCCCACCUUACACAAAUACCUAUCAACCUAAUAGGAGGACUCCUAACAGAUCAUCCUACCACAAUCCACACAGGAGGACUCCUGAUAAAGUAUCUUAUCACAAUCCUCAACACAGGAAGUACAACCCUGUAUCCACCUCUACAAUGA